ACAGAACGACUUUAUCAGCCAGCAGAAAAAGCUGAAGAAAUCAGUGAAGCAACAACCGUCACUGGCAAUUGACUCAUUCGUAUCGUCAACAACACAUCGUUUAAAAUUCUACUUUCUCGUUAAUUUAGUGAUUAUACGAGUUGAUCAUUUUUCCAACAAGAUGUCAACUACUAGCAAUUGUAGCACUUGUCACCCGGGCUAUUCUAGCCCUAAAACAGCAAUGGCGGAAGGACCGCGUGAAAAAAUUAUGUACACUGUUUGCAUACAUACUGAUCCCAAAAAACCUGAUGUCCUUUCAACAGUAGAUAUUGAUCCUGAAAGUCCUACGUAUUGUAAAAUAAUUCACAAAUUGAGAAUGUUACACGUAGGAGAUGAACUUCAUCAUUCCGGUUGGAACAUAUGUAGCAGUUGUUACGAUUUACCACGUAAACGAGAUGUUAUGGUACUACCAUGUCUUAUGUCGGAUAGAGUAUAUUUUAUUGAUACUAGUAACGAAAGAGAACCGAAAAUAAAAAAGGGAUACGAUUUCUGGUAUCAACCUUAUCACGAUAUACUAAUAGCCUCUGAAUGGGGAACCCCAAAGUUUUUUAAGAAAGGAUAUUUUGCUGAUCACAUUGCCGAUCCAAAGCGUUAUGGUAGAAGUCUAAACAUUUAUUCUUGGUCCGAACGAACACUAAAACAAACCAUUCAUCUUGGAGAUGACGGUAUUGCACCACUCGAAAUAAGAUUUCUUCACGAUCCAAAAGCAGCAGAAGGUUACGUCGGUUGCGCAGUCUCAUCAAAUAUUAUCAGAUUUUACAAAACGAGCAACGGUGAUUGGAACGUUGAAAAAGUAAUCGAUAUACCUAAAAAAAAAGUUCAAGGAUGGAUCGAACCAUUUAUGUCUGGAAUGAUCACAGACAUACUGCUAAGUUUAGAUGAUAAAUAUUUGUAUUUAUCUAAUUGGUUGCACGGUGAUAUUAGACAAUACGAUAUAACCGAUCGUCGAAAUCCUAAAUUAACUGGUCAAGUGUUCCUUGGUGGUUCCAUAUUAAGCGAUUCUAAAGUUCGUGUCUUAGAAGAUGUCGAAUUGAAGAGUCAACCUGAUCCUGUUUAUGUGAAAGGACGCAGAUUAUAUGGUUCACCACAAAUGUUACAACUCAGUCUUGAUGGACGUCGACUUUAUGUAACAACAUCCAUUUUUAAACCCUGGGAUAAACAAUUUUACCCCGAACACGUUGAACAUGGAUCGACGAUGGUGAAACUUGACGUCGAUGUUGAAAAUGGAGGCAUGAAAUUGGAUGAAGAAUUUUUGGUUGAUUUUGGAGAGGAUAAAAAUGAUAUUUUAUUAGCUCAUGAAAUACGAUACCCUGGCGGUGAUUGCACAUCCGAUAUAUGGUUACCCGAUAAACAAUGAUAAUAUUCAGAAAAAAAAAUAAUAUUUCAACUUAUCAUACUAAUAUAAGUACAUGCACAUAAUAUUAUAUCAAAAUAUAUUUUCUUAUCUCUACUUAUAAAAAUAAAAAUAUUAUACGUACAACCCGGUAGGACCUCUGACUUAUGAUAUCUCACUUAUGUUUAAAAUCUCAUGUGACUUAUGACAUUUGUUUUUCUUUCAA